AUGGCAGAAUUAUUCGACAGCUCCUACGGUAAAGCCAACGUCAAGUUUUUAAAAGUUAGAAAAGAUGCUUCUGAUCCAAACAUUCAAGAUGUUCUUGAAGCUAAUGUUCAAGUAUUGUUGAGAGGUAAAUUUGACACUUCAUAUACUAAAGCCGAUAACUCAUCAAUUGUCCCUACUGAUACUGUUAAAAACACUAUUUUGGUUGAAGCCAAGACCAAUAAUGUUUGGCCAAUUGAAUCAUUUGCCGCUCACUUAGCCAAACAUUUCACUUCGAAAUAUGAUCAAGUUGAAGGUAUUGAGGUUUACAUUGUUCAAGCCAAAUGGACUAAAAUUAAAUUGGAAGGUAAAGAGCAUGCUCAUUCUUUUAGGCAUGAAGGACCAGAAACUCGUCAAACUUAUUUGAAUUAUGACAAAUUGACUAAGAAAUUGACCUUGUCUUCAUCAAUUAAAGAUUUGACUGUUUUAAAAUCAACCGGGUCUAUGUUUUAUGGAUACAAUGUAUGUGAUUACACUACUUUGAAGCCAACCAAGGAUAGAAUUUUGUCUACUGAUGUUUCAUCAACUUGGACUUUCGAUCCAAACCAAAUUGGAUCUUUGGAAGAUGUUAUCGGGAAUGGUAAGUUGUUUGACCGUGCAUACAACGAAGCAAGAGAUGUCACAUUGGAAUUAUUCUGCAAGGAAAACUCUCCAUCGGUACAAGCCACCAUGUACAAUAUGGCUGAGAAAAUCUUGGCUAAUGUUAAGCAAAUUGCUACUGUUACAUAUGUCUUGCCAAACAAGCAUUACAUUUUGUUUAACUUGGAAUGGAAAGGAAUCAAAGAUAACAAGGACUUGUUUUACCCAUCACCAGACCCAAAUGGGUUGAUCAAGUGUACCGUUGGUAGAAAAGGUGACAAAGCAAAGUUGUAG